AUGAGAGCAAAUGUUGGAGUUUCGAACCCAGGAAUCGAGACUUACAAAGCAAACGCAUUGCCACUAGACGAGGACAGCAUAACAGGAAUACUCAAGAAGAACAUGUUCAAAGACAACAACCUCAAGGUGAAGAUCAAAGAUCACCAAGUGGCCAACGAGAUUUCACUCAGUAUUAUAAUUAUCUUAGCGGAAAUAAUUUUCCCGGGUUUUAGAUUGUUAUUUAAAUUUAUAUUACGUCGUUUAAAAUUAUCUUAUUGCAUUUAGUUUUUGUAUUUGUUUGGUUUUAAUUUUGU